AACACGUGAAAAGCCUUGGUAAACUAUGUUAGAAAAACUCGGAUGUGUCUGAAUACAUCUCACUUCUGUUGGUUCCAAUCCCUCCACAAACCAUGUCCCAAGACUCAACUCAACCCAUCCCUGCCCCUCUCUCACAUAAAUAUAUGUUGGCCUGAACUUUCAGUUGGGACAUGGAAUCGUCCAUUGAAGCUCUUGCUCUGAACUUCGAGCUCUGAGUCAAUGGCUGUUGGAAUUUCAGCAUCCACUUCGUCCACCGACGCAGCCGCCGCCGCCAUAGCUUUCCUUUCCUGUCAAAGACCGUCCCUCCCUCUUCAACCCAAUCGAACUUGUGCAGCCCCUUUCUCUCUCGCAAUUCGCCUGCGAAAGCAUGACCGCCCCGUGAGGAACAGGAGCCCUGGAAGACUCUGCAUGGUGAUGAACAGAGAAGCAGAGCAAGCGCCUGCAGAGAACAAGAACCGUGCAAUCGCCUCGCGUGUCGCUGAGAAGCUAGCCAGGAAACAGCUCGACAGGCAAGCGUACCUCGUCGCCGCGAUCAUGUCGAGCCUUGGGAUAAGCUCGAUGGCCGCCACGUCCGUUUACUACCGGUUCUCAUGGCAAAUGGAGGGUGGAGAGUUUCCGAUUCUGGAAAUGUUUGGGACAGUCGCUCUCUCUGUGGGGGCCGCGGUGGGUAUGGAGUUUUGGGCAAGAUGGGCUCAUAGAGAACUGUGGCAUGCCUCUCUGUGGCACAUGCACGAGUCUCACCAUCGACCAAGAGAAGGUCCUUUCGAGCUCAAUGAUGUUUUCGUGAUCAUCAAUGCGAUUCCUGCAAUGGCUCUACUCCUUUACGGAUUCUUGAACAGGGGUUUGCUUCCAGGACUCUGUUUUGGUGCUGGCCUAGGGAUUACAAUGUUCGGGAUGGCCUACAUGUUUGUGCACGAUGGAUUAGUGCACCGGCGGUUCCCGGUCGGGCCCAUCGCAAACGUGCCCUACUUGAGAAAAGUUGCUGCAGCUCACCAACUUCAUCACUCGGAGAAGUUCGAUGGGGUGCCGUAUGGACUGUUCUUGGGACCGAAGGAACUAGAAGAGGUAGGAGGCAAGCAAGAGUUGGAAAAGGAGAUCAAGAAGAGGAUCAAGAUGUCCAACCGCUUCAAAUAGAACAUAGGAUGAUCCAUUUAUUGUAAUUAUGUCCAUAAAAAGAGAAAGGAAAAAGGAA